UUUUCAGUUGGUAAGUCAACUACUACGAAUACUACUAAUAAAAAUAUUGAUAUUGAUUUUCGACUACUCACAUUGGGCGGAACUAGUGGAUUGCAAGUAUUAGUUGCUAUUCGCCCUGCGUUAAUUGCUUACAUUUCAAACACGGCGUUGGAUCCAUCUGCUGAAGGUUUAUUGAGAUUAUUGAAAAGCACUACUACAAGCGAAGAUGUUAAACAUUGUGCGCUGUUGCUAGGAUUGCACACAGUACUACCUCCAAUCGCAGCAGGAUCCCGAUACAAACCCACAAUCUGUACGGCCCAAGACGAUACCAUUGUCUUUGCAGAAUCUUUAGACGCAGCUAUAGAAAAAGUUCGAACAAUCUGUAUGGGCUACGAGGAACGCAAUCUACCAAUUGUUCCAAAAUUAAUUACUAUUGGAACAGAAGUAUCUCGAAUCGAUGGCCCAUUUUAUAUAUGGUAUAACGAAAUACUCUAUGAAGUGAACACAGCUGCAAGAGCAACGGACGUACUUCUAAAGCUGUCUGCAAUAUUCGGAUUACCUUUUUCGAAGGUGUCUAAGUUGGUGUGGCACUUCAUAAGCUCUUAUGCAUAUUCGAUCCGCCAGCGUGAGUCAUAUGCUGCAAUAAAUCGUCUGGAAAAGUAUCUGUCUGCUCAGCACAUAUCAUCAGUAACCAAAAAUGAUUAGUUGUAUGCUAUCUGACUGUAAGUUUAUAUUUUCUAAUGUAAGCGAUUAUUUCGAUCAUCUUAAAAAUUACCAUGUAGUACCAGUAGAUUAUCGGUAUAGAUGUACUGUAAUGAAUUGCAAUCAACUUUUUUCAAAGCUGUAUCCUUUUAAAAAGCACAUGAGCAGGCAUUCAAUAACAGGUUUAGCAACAGAAAGCUUUAGUCACCAGUCAAAUGAAUCGAAUCAUGAGAGCAGGGAAUCAAACUACAGCCAAAAUUCAAAUAAAAAACAAAAAGUUGAUUCAAAUGAACAAAAUACUCUUUCAAAAUACCUAUCUCCAACGUUUGAAGCGAUUGAUAAAUCAACGGCGGAUUUUACGUUAAGUAUGCAUAUGAAGAACAAUUUUACGCGCAAGGAUGUAUACGACAUUCAACGUAGAGUCUCAUUAAUCUUCAAAGAAGUUGCUUGCCAAAUGGAAUUGUUGGAUUUAAAGUUUGCAGAUCCUGAAAUUGAGUUUAAUUUUAAAUGUUAUCUCUCCAAACUUAAACAAAUGUUUUCUUUAAUCAGUUCAGACCACAACUUUUUUAAGUAUUUACGCACACAUGGAUUUAAAUUGCCUGUAAUCAUUGCUAUUGAAAAUGAUAACAUUAUUAAUAAGCCAGCCGAUGUAGUGAAUGAGUUGGGCAUCGAACCAAACUGUAGUUAUCUAAUGUUAAUGCCAGUUGAAUAUCAAAUUAAAACAUUUUUUGAAUGUGGAGCAUUAUUAGAGAAAACUAUCAGUAACACGGUAGAACUUGAAAAGACAUCGGACAUUAAAAACUUUGUUGCUGCUAGUAGAUGGAAACAAAUCCGAGAAAAAUAUAAAAACGACAUUAUCAUUCCAAUCUGGAUUUACAGUGAUGAAUUUGAGGUAAAUGACCCCCAAAGCUCUCAUAGUAAUAGACAUUCCAUAUGUGGCAUAUAUUACAGUUUUCCAACGUUCCCUGAAGAAUUUCAAGGGAAAUUAUGCAAUAUAUUUGUAGCAGGAAUGCUAAAAAAAGUUGACAUCAAGACGACCUAA